GAUCUGGAUCUGAGGGGUCAACAAGUGCAUCUGGCUCCUCUAUGUCGGCUUUUGGAAAGACUGCUGGCUUCGGUGCAACAAUGCAAGCUGGAAGUAACUUUGGGACAAACACAUCAAGUAGCACCUUACCAGGAUUUGGAACAGCUGGAGGUUUUGGACAAACAACGGGUUCAUUAUUUGGACCUGCAUCUACAUUUGGAGCAUCAAGUACAAAAGGAAAUGGAAAUCAGCCAAUUUCAACCACAGGGACUACUUCAGAUCCCAAACCUGGACUUUUUGGUCUGACUGCAGCUUUUCCAUCACAGAGCACAGGAAAUGCUGGAUCAUCCAAUCCAAGUUCUGCAUUUCAAGGAUCAAAAUCCACAGCCAGUAAUGCAGGAAAAUUAUCAACAGGAAGUGGGGUAUUUGGAUCAGGAAGUACACCUUUUGGUGGAACAUCUUCCAAUCAAAGUGUAGCAUUUGGUGGAUCACCCACCACAAAAAGUGGAUUAUUUGGAACAUCCACUCAGAAAGCUGACUCUGUUUCACAAGGAGGUGCCCUCUUCAAAUCUACUGCACAAACCAGUCAAACAGGCCAUCUGUUUGGAGCUAGUGCAUCAGGAACUUCAGCCUUAUUUCACCAAAAGCCCCAUGGGGAAUCCCAGCAAUUGUUUGGUAAGCCCGCCCCCACCUCUUCCUUUGUAGGGGGAGGGGAAUCCAGCAGCAACGCCUUCGGUUCGGGAGGAUCUUCAGAAGGGGGUAAUACAGGUCCUGUGUUAAUGGGUGGCAAAUCUUCAGGGGAAAUCAAAGAACUUUCUCCACCAGCUUCUGUGUUCAUACUUAAGGAGUCAGUCCCACGGCCUAUACAGUCCACAGCUGCCACAGAUGUUGAUGUCGAAACAGUGACCUCCAAAUCCAAGAAGAAUUUGUUUAGUAGAGUAGCAAAUGUGGUCCAAAAACCAGGUGGUGCCCAAGCUCUUUUUGGUAAGGCAAUAGCUGGUACACAACAGAUGACCUGGAGGAGGGGUUCCAUUGGAGAGGAGGGGAGAAAAAUGAAGAGGAGGUCUAGUGAUGAAACAGAGGAGGAAACUCAAACCAAAAGAGCUUUAUCCACCAGAAGACUGUCCAGUGUUGAGGACAGAGUAGGUCUGAUCUGUAAGAACGUCCCUCCUCGCUUCAACAGUGGCCAGAAACUGCGACAACAUUUCACUAAGUUUGGGGAAGUCACCCGUGUUAUACCCAAGCCAGACAAAGGAAUGGCCACCAUUCAUUUUAAAACUCAUGAAGCUGCUUUAGAGGCCAAGAGAAAGGGGGCAGUCAUAAUGAAGGGGGAGAAGAGGAUGGAGAUAUUCUGGAGUUCAUUUUCUCCCGCAGCAAAGGGGCUAGGGCGAAAAUCCUCAACGGAGGACACAAGUGACCCCCAAGGUCCCGUCAAGAGACAAGCUCAAGGUAAGGCUGGAGCUAGCCAAUUUAAGUGGAGGAGGAAUGAAGUGGAUGAAGAACUGGCCAGUAUGUCUGGUACCAGUGAUAUCAUUGGUCAGAAACAACAGAUCCUGCCUCGUUCUGAGGAGGUCAGAGGUCAGCAGUCACAGUCUACUGAGCGAGCCAGUAGACACGCCAGUCCUGUUCCGAGUGGAUCAAGUUCAUCUCCAGCAAUACCAACCAAAAUAGACAAAGGAGCUGUCAUCAGUCUGAGAAAUUCUGUUGCCAGAAGCAACUCGGACAAGCUUCAGAUUCUUAAUUUACGUGACAAAGUCAAUCGGCUUGGACCUAAGAAGCAGUCAGACUUAGCUACGGCCCGAGCAUUUGUAGGGACGUGUACAGAUAUGUGUCCUGAGAAGGAGAGAUACGACAGAGAGGAGAAACGCAGACUUCACCCUUACGAGGUUUUACAGACAUCAGAAGGGUCUGGUAAUCCCCUGGUGAACCAUGCAUUGGCUGUGAAGGAGUACAGCAGAUCCUCAGCUGAUCAGGAGGAACCAUUGCCGUAUGAAUUGAGGACCCUUCCCACCCUGACCUUGACAAUGACCUACUUACUGAGUGAGAUCGCUGACCGGGGUGAAGACGGCAAGUGGGGGGACUGGUUUGAUUUCCUUUGGAAUAGGACCCGAGGAAUUCGUAAGGAGAUCACUCAGCAACAGUUCUGUAACGUGGAGAGUGUGGAACUGUUAGAGAAGUGUGUCCGUUUCCAUAUAUUCUGUGCGGAGCGACUCUGUGAGGAGGACAUGCAUUCAUUUGAUGACAAGAUUAACAACGAGAACAUGACCAAGUGUCUGCAGACUCUGAAGGAGAAUUACUCAGAUCUGGAGAAGAAACAAGUGUUCUGUGUCAAUGAGGCGGAGAUGAGGUGUUAUAUGGUGCUGAUGAACCUCAACGAGGGCGAUAUUCUCAGAGAGACCCAGCAGUUAAGACCAGAAGUUCGGAGCUCGACUUUUAUUAACUACGCCCUCAAAGUUUACGCAGCCCUCAACAGUAAUAACUAUGUCAGGUUCUUCCGUCUUGUCAGGGAGGGGUCUUUUCUCUGCUCCUGUAUUCUACACAGAUAUUUCACUCAAGUUAGGAAGAAAGCAUUAUAUAUCCUGGUGAAGGCACAUCGCAAGGGAGUGCAGUUACCUUUGGAGGAUUUAGUGAGGACCCUGAGUUUUGAUGACCAGAACGAGGCUGCCCAGUUCUGUCAGUUCUUUGGACUGACCACAGUGGACAACUGUGUGACACUGGACAAGUCAACAUUUAUAGAACCGGAAGAAAACUGGUGCCCACGGCGAUCAGCUCUCAUAGAAAGAAAACUCAGCACAUCUAUUGGGGAGGCAAUCUAUGGAGGACCAUUACCAGCUUACUCUCUACCAGAACCAGAGAACAGCUUUGAUAACAACGGGAAAUUUGUUGGGCAGAUCAUUGUCAAAGAUUCAGAUUUUGUGGAUUCUCCAAGGAAGGAUGCAAUCAAAGGAUACAAUGUUCCUGAUCAUGUAUCUGUGUCUACAGAUAAAAUGGCUGCUCCACAACCUUCUAUUGCUCCAAAAGUCAAGGUUACUUACACAAAUGAGGAAGUGAAGGAAACUGCCAAGUUUCUAUUCUGGGAGGUCAUUGACAACAUGUGCUUAGAGAUUGGACAGGAAGCAAAGCGUGAUGUGGAUAAGCUAAUGGAAAUCUCACAUUCCCUGUAUGAUUCUAUAACAGGAGAGGUGGUCGCUGAAUUUGUGUCGACCCUGGCCAAGCAAGCUGAGGCAGAAGCAGAACUACUGAGACAGAAACAACAGAAAGCUGAGAGAGAAGCCAUGAUAACUCGGUCAGCAGUGUAUCUGACCAGUGAGAUUCUGAAGGAAGUCCUGGAUCAGGAGACAUUGAAUUUGUCCACUGCAGAAAUCAGGGAAGUACAUGCAGAAUUAAAGAGACAAAGAAUCCAGAGGUGUUCUGCAGAGAUAGCAGAUGUCAUUCUGAACUCCUCCAUCCAAGACAUGACUCAAUCUGUAUCAUCAGAAGUUUAUCAGAAAGAUGUUGUGGAAAGGCUUCAACAGUUAGCUGACCUUGAACACUGUGUCAAGGUCAAAAGAGCUGGGCGCUAUCUCAGAAUGUGGAAAGCUCAGCAUACAGCUAGAAUUAAGUUUAAACGCUCCUUACUAGACUUCCCUUCCUCAAUCUCCAUGAUGGAGCCAGCACAGCAGAUAGAGGCCUUAAUUCCAGAGAGAAGGGUGGAGGGGUUGGAUGAGGGAGGAUUCUAUGUGAACCAGACAACAAAGUUAUCUGUGGAGUCCCCAGUGAUAUUUGUGAAGAGAUCCGAGAUGGAAGACAAAGUGCUGACAGCUCAUGAAAUCUACAGGAAUCUGUGUCGACAAAAGGCUUGGAAACCUUUGGACAUUUGUUCUCUUGGUGGACAUCAUCUGUUGAAGAAAAAUAGAGUGUCUUGUAAAAAAAAUGCCAAGUGCAGCCAAGUGUUUUGGAAAGUGGUGAUUUCUUUACCUGACCCAGACUAUAUACAGACAGACCACCAAGGUCAAAGUCUCAGUCAUCUCACUAAGUGGCUGAAGGCCAAAUUCUCAAGAGGGACCCCUAAAUCUCACCAACAUUCCUCAGUACAGAAUGAACUGCUGAGUUUGUAUACAGUACCAGUUACACAUGAAUCAAUGACAGGCAGUCUGGGUGUUUGUGUGAGGCUCCUGGAGGGUAAUAUAUCCAUUUCUGAUGUACCUGGCUCCCUUCUGGGAACCUCUUGUCUUCUUUUUGUUAUGCCUCCACCCCUCAAUGAAGAUCCAGAGUGGCUUCUAUGGGAAGAAGAGAAGAGAAGAUUAGACGAUCUCCUGAUGAGCAAGCCAACCUCUCCUGCUCUCCCAUUGGUUGUAUUGUGUCCAGUCCCAGCCCAUGAAAAUGUAGAUGAGGACUUUAUAAUGAGAUGUCUGAAUAUUGAUGAGCUGGUUGCUGAUGGGAAGAUAAGUGACCUGUCCCUCUGUAUUGUGAAAUAUGAUGAAGAUUUUCCUCAAGGUGUGGAUGUUGAGGAACCAGAGGUCACAGAAAAAUUAUCAGAUAUUGUGAGAUGGCUGACAGAACACUCCCCUGAUCCUCCCAGUUUGAGGGUCCAGUAUUGUAGGACUGUGGUGGAGGACUUUCUACAGGAGCAGUUCUACAGACCAGUGUUGUAUAACCUGAAACAGAGAAAACUCACUGGAUAUCUACACCAGGACCCAAACACAAUAAUAAGCCUGUAUAAUGCUGUGAUUGUCUAUUUACAACAAGUACUGACGUCCCCAGAACUGUCUGGUUAUUCCUGGCCAGUCAGUGAAUUCACUCACUCUAAGAUGCAUGGUAAGUUAUGUGUGUAUACUGAAAGUCAGAGCUGCUUCAACUCUCUGUCAUCAUAUUUGAUUUUAAAUACAAGAAUAUAACAUUUAUGUUUGUACU